CCGAGCCUCGCGCGGCUCGCGGCGCUCCGCGUGCUCUGCGCGGGCGACAACGACCUCGCGGCGCUCCCCGACGAGCUGCCGCCGAAUCUCGAGACGCUGCACUGCGAACGGAACCGGCUCGCGGCGCUCCCGGCCGCGCUCGGCGGCCUCGCGGCCCUCGAGCGCCUCGUCGCGUCGGGCAACCGCCUCGAAACGCUGCCGGACGACGUCGGGCGCCUGACGAACCUGCGCGUCGUCCACCUCGACGGAAACGCGCUCGCGGCGCUCCCGGAGAGCGCGGGCCGCUGGUCCCGCGUCGAGGAGAUGCUCAUAUUCGACAACGCACGUCUUGUGGCGCUCCCGGCCGCGUGCGAUUGGCCCAGGCUGCGCACGCUCUACGCGCGACACACGCGCAUCGCGGUUCUGCCGCCG